AUGCCUCACGACAGCACCGUGAACGUAUUAGAACAUUUAUGGGGAACUGGGUUCGCACAGAACGAGAAUACUGGUUGUGAUAUGCUCACCAGCGGAAUACAGCGGUGCUAUGCAACCAUUGGAAUCAAACUGCCACAAGAAAACAUUCAAAGCAUAAUGUCCAUCGCAAAUGACUACAUCAAAACCUGUGGGAUUAAUCUGGAUCAGUUCUUUGUGUGUUACGAGAGCGUAGUCUUGAUGUGUCCGAAUUACCGCCCCAUAAAUCCUCUGAUGAUUAGUCAACGCUCCCUGAAAUCCAUGAUGACUGGGAUUUGCGAAAACAAAGAAAUUUACGAGACGGGAUUGGAAUGUGCCGAAAAGAAAAGUGACAAGUUUCACCUUUACAUGCAAAAUUGCUACGGGUUAAAUCAUUUUGGAAGGGCCGCCGAAGCCCAGGCUAAAGGAAACUGGACUGGUUUUUGUAGAGGGCUUGCCGUUGAAUUCAGUUGUGUUGAAGCAAUUCUGAAUGCGUUUGACUGUGGAGAUGAUUUUUUGAAAGUAACCAAUCAGUUUCUGCACUCCAUCCAACCACCUAUAUGCAUGGACAAUUCUAUCGGCUGGGAGUGGGUGAGACGAUACGGCGGAAAUGAAGGAUCUACGGUGCAUUUCUAUUCAUCUAGUUUGAUAAUUUCCGCUCUGUGUUUCCUCUCUGUUUUAAAAAUGAUAAAAUGACAGACAGUUCUAUUGUACAUGUGGCGUUCGUUCAGUUGACGAUGUAUAUAUGUCAUGUGAUAUAUAUAGAUUCAUUGCUUAUUGAAGAAGGUGCCACGUGGCAUCAAGACCCACUGUCAAUAUUAUCUAGUACCCAGUAUGAUCGAGUUCCCGAUUCGGUAUCUAGAAUAGGAUUUUACCACAUCUCAGUUCCAACUACCACGUCAAUGGUUGCAAGUGUGGAUAUUGGGAUCUUUGAUCCAUUCCGAAACUCCAGGCUGAUGUUAAGUAACGGUAUAGAACUUUAUUUUUCAAAUAUUCCAUGUCAAUGUCACAUUCUUGAGCAUUCAAACUAUAGGGAUAAUGUGAUAAAAAGUGUUACCAUAGCAACAAACUUACGGCAACUACCACACACCCCGCUUCGCCAUUGAAGUAUAAACAUCACAUAAUCGCCUCAGAUCUGAUACAAUAUAUCAAAACCCUGUAGUUUACAUUCAUAUGGCCCAAACGGUUUCUAUACGUGAUUAGUUGAAAUCAAAUUUUGGACAGCAGAAAUUAGUUAAUAUUGCCAACUAUAUAUACAUGUAUAUUUAUACUAUUUCAAAUUUGUCCUUAAUCCAUAUCCCGUUGCCAUGGCAUCUAGGUGCAGUGAUACUACAAGUUAACCAUAAAUCACUC